AUGACGACUAAUAUCUCUGAGUCGUUGAAUAAUGUCUUAGUGAAUGCUAGGGAGUAUCCUAUUGAAGCUUUAAUUGAGCAUUUCAAAUCCUUCUUGCAAAGAUGGUUUUAUGAGGGUCGAAAUAAGGCGGAUCAGACUUUUACAUACUUGAGUAAACAUGCAACUAAAUGCCUUCGUGAUAGGGAAAAGAUUGCACGUUGCUUAUCUGUUCAACCCAUUGAUAUCAAUAAGUAUUAUGUUGUUGAUGGUUUAAUUGGUGAGAUGGUUGACUUGAUGGCAAGAACAUGUAGUUGUCUUGUUUGGCAAGCUGAUGAAUUUCCAUGUCCACGCGCUAUUACAUCGAUUUGGAAAAGAAAUCUUGAUCCAGCACAUUUUACUUCAUACUAUUACACCAACAAUGCAUUCAAAGCAACAUAUGAUGCUGCAAUCUAUCCUAUUACUAAUAGAUCAAAGUGGCAAAUUUCAGAGGGCAGUGAGGUGGAGGUUGUUCUUCCUCCUGAGUUUAAACGUGGUGCUGGGAGGCCAAAGAAGCAAAGAAUUCUUUCUAGUGGAGAACGAGAGAAGCAAUCUGUGAAGUGUAGUCGAUGUAAGCGAGUUGGCCACAAUAGGAGGACUUGUUCAAACCCCACAUUUGUUGAUAUGAACUGA